AUGGAUACUCAAGCUGCUGGGCAUUUGCAGAGAUCAUUGGUAAUUUAUGAUGUCCAAACUGUCAUUACUACUUCUGUCUGUGAUCGAUCGAUCGAUCGAUCUAUCUAUCUAUAUCUAUCUAUCUGUAAUUUUGGACAGAUUUAUCUAUUGAUCUAUUUUUUUUAUUUAUCUAUCAUUCUACUCAUAUCUAUCUAUCUAUCUAUCUAUCUAUCUAUCUAUCUAUCUAUCUAUCUAUCUCAUUUGUUCAUAUCUUUAUUUAUCAAUCUCACGUUGCUAUUUCUGUUCAUAUCUAUCUUUGUUCAUAUCUAUCUAUUUAUGUCUGUUCGUAUCUAUUUCUGUUCAUAUCUAUGUCUAUUAAUAUCUAUCUAUCUAUCUAUCUAUCUAUCUAUCUAUCUAUCUAUGUCUGUUAAUAUCUAUCUAUCUAUCUAUCUAUGUCUGUUAAUAUCUAUCUAUCUAUCUAUCUAUCUAUCUAUCUAUGUCUGUUAA